GUGGGAUUACCAGUGGAGCCGGUUGUAAAGGGAUUACUGCUAGUUGUAUGUGGGUAGGAGUAGACUAUAAAUACCACCAUGCUUUGCAAGUGAUAUGCAUCACCUCAUGUCAAAACCGUUCCUCCACAAAAAUCCAUAUAACAAUUUCAUUCAAGUGCUGCCUUAUCAUACAUCUUUUUCAAGCAUAAUUUUAAAAUUCCUCAAUUCUGUUAUAUAAGCUAUUUGUUGGUGCUCAACCACAGGAUCCCACUGCCUUCAGCCCUUUCUUCCAAGUUCCUCACCUCUUUCUUCCUUUCUUUCGACUUCCACUCUCUCUUCCUCGCUCCCCGUCCCAAGAAAAAAAAAAGGAGACCUUCUACGGCUCCCCAGUUCGCCGCAUAUUUGAUACAUAAAGGUGCGAGACAUAUAAGUAUUUAUAUAUAUAUUAUUGCUUUUUCUUCUCUGGUCAACUCAAUUAUGAAUAUGAGACUUUCGGCUUCUAUCCAAAUGCAAAUACAGCCCCUCGUGAAUUUCCAAAGGGCCCUGAACAUGGAACCUUUUUUUCGCCGAAAAGAUAAGCUCGUCUUUGUUGUAGGUCCAACGGGCACCGGCAAGUCAAGACUUGCUAUUGACAUAGCCACCCGCAUCCCGGCUGAGGUGGUCAAUUGUGACAAGAUGCAAGUUUAUAAAGGCCUCGACAUUGUCACUAAUAAGGUCACUGAAGAGGAGUGUCGUGGGGUGCCUCACCAUUUGCUUGGCGUAGUAGAACCUGAUGAUGAUUUCACUUCUGAUGAUUUUCGGCUUCAUGCCUCUAAUGCACUCGACUUGAUUAGGGCUCGUGAUCGGUUACCAAUCAUUGCUGGUGGAUCAAAUUCAUUCAUUGAAGCUUUAGCUAAUGAUGAUCCUCAAUUUCGAUUAAGGUAUGAAUGUUGCUUUCUCUGGGUGGACGUGUCUUUACCAGUGUUAUAUUCAUUUGUGUCGGAGCGAGUUGAUCGAAUGGUAAAAGCUGGAUUGAUUGAUGAGGUGAGAAAUAUAUUUGAUCCUAUAAAUACUAAUUAUUCACGAGGAAUCAAACGUGCGAUUGGUGUUCCUGAAUUAGAUCAAUUUUUUCGCUAUGAGGACAUUGUAGAUGCCAAAACUCGGGGUAAGCUUCUUGACACAUCAAUUGCAAAAAUUAAAGAAAAUACGUGUACAUUGGCAUGUCGUCAAUUGCAAAAAAUCCAUCGACUUCACAACCGAUGGAGUUGGAACAUGCAUCGCAUAGACGCAACAGAAGUUUUUAUUAGAAAUGGAGAAGAAGCUGAAGAAGCAUGGGAGAAACUCGUGGCAGGGCCUAGUGCCAUGAUAGUCGAGCAGUUCAUUUAUGAUAUAGAUCGCCGUAUAACUCCGAUUGUGCCAUCAGAAGCUGUAACUAUGAUGCCCAUUCCUAUUCCUGCCAUGGCGACUCGAUAAGUAGAAAUAUUCAGAUUGACUAAUAAUCAAUCAUCCAUCACCCAUUUAUAUGUAAUCGUUGCCACACACCAAUUAUACACUGCUCAGCUUACAACAAGUGAUGAUCAGUUCGCCUUUCAUUAAUCAGACAAUUUUGCUAUUGUAUGUAUGUAUCAUGAAGAAUAAAGUUAAAAAAUAAUUAAGACAAGGUAGUCUUAAGAGCUGUUGCUCCAAGGGGAGCACUUAAUUUAGAUGAUCAAGUUACUCGACUGGACUUUGGGAAAUGCGAGAGGGGAAGUGUUUCCUUUCCCUUCUUACUUUUCCUCCUGUUAUUUUGUGUAAUUUUACCGUUGGAAGUGAAGUACUGAGGUGGUUAAUUUAGUUAAUACCUACAAUCUGGUUGCUGUACGAAUGAGGAAAUCAAUCUAGAAGACGGAGCUGAUUGUCCGUACUAGCGUGUGGUGCACCCGCAUCAAUCAAGAUACAGUACCACACUUGAAUGGGACACGCACAUGUUUGUGAUUUGCAGCUGUAUUUUUAUUUUCAUUUCUAUUUUCUGUAAUUUUUUUUUUCUUUUCACCAGGACAGCUUCAUGGUAUAUAUACGAUGAAGAUUGGAAUAUCUUAAGCUGUGUUACCUUUUCUAAAUAAAUAUUUACCAAUCAUGCAAUUUUA